AUGCCAAACUCGAGGUCCAGCAUAGCGCAGCAAGCGGCGGCAAAGGUGGUUGACCUGGCUACACUUACUGGUGCUUGUGUUGUUGCCUUAGGGUCCAGUAUUGCAGGGAUUUUCACACCCAGUGAUGAUUUAGCAAAGGAAGUGGUUGCAGCUUCAGAGGUCUCUGGUGAGAAGUUUUGGAGGAUGCCAUUAGAGGAAAGCUACUGGGAGACGAUGAAAUCAGGUGUAGCUGACAUGGUGAACACUGGAGCCCGUCAGGGUGGUUCUAUCACUGCUGCACUUUUCCUAAAACAGUUUGUCGACGAGAAGGUCCAGUGGCUGCACAUAGACAUGGCCGGCCCAGUUUGGAGUGAUAAGAAACGAUCAGCGACAGGAUUUGGGGUAUCGACACUGGUGGAAUGGGUUCUGAGCAACUCUUCUUAGAUUAGUCGACGUCUUAUGAAGCUGUUGUGCCUCCACAAAAUCUAAUCCCCUGCUUGCAGUGGAUUCAGUCAGGAUGUCCAAGAAUUUGGAUAGUUGUGAUGCAGGGACUUGUUAAAAAAUAAAUUGCUCCCUUCAAGUUGUCAUUUGGUGUGGUUUCAACCUUCAUUAAGAUUUCGACUGAAGGGGGUAGAGUGUAUUAUUUUAAACUUUAUUAAGUUAAUCAUUGUUAGAAGACAAAUUCUUGGUAUUUAUUAUGUGUGUGUGUGUGUGAACUUAUAGUUUUCUAAAUGCAGUUAUCCCUUUCUUGUAUUGUUAAUUUCUCAUUCAUAUGCCAAGUAAACAACAUUGCACGAAAAUGGCAGUGGUUUGUAACUUUGGAUUGGGAAUCAGAUGCAA